AUGGCUAUGCUGCCAGCUAUCAUGAAUCAAAGCCAUCUGGUCCCGUCUGAUGCCAACGUGUCAGCGCUGGGUUUUCCAGGCCCGUGGAGAGAGCCUACAUUUACAACAGCUGCCAAAGUACGCGUGGGCAUUACCUGUUGCUUUUUCCUCAUAGCAUCAUGUAGUAACGUAGCUGUACUAUGCAGCAUCAGUGGGAAACGAUGCAAGUCUCAUCUCCGGAUCCUUAUUCUCAGCCUUUCUGUGGCUGACCUGCUGGUUACCUUCUUAGUCAUGCCGUUGGAUGCCAUGUGGAAUGUGAUGGUGCAAUGGUACGCUGAUGAACUCUCCUGCAAGAUUCUUAACUUUGGGAAGCUAUUUGCUAUGUAUUCUUCUGCAUUAGUGCUAGUGGUGAUUAGCCUCGACCGUCACUGGGCUAUUCUGUAUCCACUCAGCUUUACAAGAGCUGGGCAACGGAACCGUAUCAUGCUCUGGACUGCCUGGGUCGGCAGCCUGCUUCUGGCAUCUCCACAGCUUUUCCUCUUCCGUCUGAGGACUGUUCCUGGAGCCAAUUUUACACAGUGUGCCACACAUGGAAGCUUUGCCCAACGCUGGCAGGAAACACUGUAUAACAUGUUCACGUUUUGCACCCUAUUUAUUACACCAUUGGGCGUCAUGAUUGUUUGUUACACUCGCAUCCUUUGGGAAAUUGGCAAGCAGAUGAAGCACAAGAAAGAGCUUUCAAGAAGUAAAAAUGACCUCAUCUCCAAAGCACGUCUGAAAACAUUGAAGAUGACAUUAGUUAUUGUGGUAUCAUUCAUGGUCUGCUGGACUCCUUAUUACCUGUUAGGAAUAUGGUACUGGUUCCAGCCAGAAAUGAUUCAACUGACCCCUGAGUAUGUUCAUCAUAGCUUAUUUCUCUUUGGCCUACUUCACACCUGCACUGAUCCUUUUGUAUAUGGAUUGUACACCCCAUCCUUCAAAGAAGAUGUACGCAACUGGCUCAGAAGAGUAGGUGGUCUUCUAUCAAGAAGAGCAAAGAACAGCAAGCAACUAGCAGACUCUGAGAUGACCAUCAAAGACUUCACUUCCAUGGAUGGGCCAACAUCUACUGGAACAACCCUGCAGUCAAUAUUUUGA